CCCCGCCCCGCAGUCUCGGCCGGGAGAUGGCGGCGGUGCUGGCGGGCGGCUCCGGGCGGGCGGCGCGGGAGGCGGCGCGGCGCUCAGCGAUCUGCCCGCCUGCCUCGGGCGGCUGGGGCUGCGCGCCCGCAGGGAAGCGGUAUCUGCUAACAGAAGAAGAUAUAAAGUUACAAGAAUUUCAGCAGAUGAAAGUGGCAAUUAGAAAUGAGCUGCGUGGCAAUAAAGAUCAAUACUUUAAAAACAUUAAAGAAAAACUAAAGGAAAAUGGAAUCAUUCUCAGAAAUGAAUUAAAAAAUUUGCUGCAUUUAUGUCAGAAUUCAUCUGAUGUGGAACUAGCCAGAAAAAUUAUUUACAGGUACCAUGAACAGAAUAGAAUCACAGCCUUACAUAAUUUCAAAUUUGGUCCACUCUUUAUGAGACUGUGUUAUGAGCUAGAUCUUGAAAGACCUGCAGUAGAACUUAUCAAAGAUCAGAAUUUGCAUGGUUUUUUCUCAGACAGUACAUCAUUCCAUAUUUUGAUGACUAUGUUGUUUAAAAAGGGCCAUUUUGAAAGUGCUUUGGAAGUUCUGGUUGAAAUGAAAAAACAAGGUAUACCUUUCAACAAAGAAACCUAUCUACUUGCAGUUGCAAUAUGCUAUAAACUGGGCAACCCAGAGUCUUCCAAAAUCUCUGCGAGACUGCUUGAAGAAGCACAGCUAAAAGGUGACAUGUUACCACUGCGAGCCUACUGCUUUGCAAUAGCAGCUGCUCUCAAGCAGAACGAUGUAGCGCAAGCCAAAUUUUACUGUUCCCAGAUAAUGAGAACAGAGAACAAACUAUACAGUAAUCUUAAAGUCCUUGUCCAGCUCAGAUCUGGUUUGCUAAAAGAAGUAAUAAAUACAUUAGAGGCAGCAGUGGAAGUGGAUACGCCUCCCUUUGUGAAAAGAACUGAGUUUUCUGAGCAGGUGUAUUUCUAUUCUUACACUUGCACACUCAGAAAGAAGACCCAAGAAAAAAGGGUGUUGGGGAGAGGAAACAAGACCUGCUUCUCCAUGGCAGAAGAAAAGUGCAAGACUGUGUUUACUUCAUCAGAGCUGUUUUCCUAUCCUGGAUGCAGUGACAAUUCCUCGUGUGAAUCAGGGCAAAUAGAAGAAAUUACAAAGGGUAAUAACAAAUCAUGUGGUCUUUAUUUAUGCCAAGAAUGUUUCCCAUUUCUGUCAACACCCAUGGUACCUAAUUAAAUAGCCCAGUAUGCUUCCUAUAUAUAUAUAUAUAUAUAUAUAUAUAUAUAUAUAUAUAUAUAUAUAUAUAUAUUUAAAAGGAAACACAUUAAAAAUUGCUGUAAUGCUGUACUUGAAUCAGGUCUACUAUGCAAUACCUUAGAAAAUUUCCCAUGAAUAGCAUGAGAGACUGCCAUCUCUCUCUGAUUCUGUGUGCAAGUAUCCGUGUAUUCUCAAAAUGAUGUUGUGACCAUAACCAAAAAAUCAUGCGAGAACUGAAAUCUGUAACUUAGGAAUACCUGAGAUAAUUUAUUCAUCCUGAUUCCUUAGCUUCCAGCCAGAAACACCAAGGAUCUAAGAAGUAACAUUCAUAUGAAGGGAUUAUUCCAUGUAUUGUAUGGAUAAAUAUGUACUUAAAAUCAAAAUGUUGAUAUUUGCCUCUAUUUUAGAGAGAUCAUCCCUGGAAAUUUAGGGACAGAAUUUCAGAUUCUGUUUCACAUGGAUUUUCCAUGCUGCCUGGAAAAGGUCAGAAAAUUGAACAAGGUAAGAGAAAUGAGGCACCUCAGACUGGAUGCCUUCCUUAAAGUUGGCAGUUUUGGCUGGCAGCUAUAUGGUAUCUUGGUGACUUCCUCCUGUGAAAUUAAUUAAUAGCUCUUGGCAGUCAAGUCACAGUCAAAUCACUCUAAGUGUACUUAACCAGGGUGGUUUGCUUCACAAGCCCUUUCUUGUGCCAGAAAUAUAUGUGUGUAAGGAUGAUGGGAAGCAGUGUGAUCUUGUAUUUUUUCCUGCAUGCCCUGUAAAUCCAAAGAUCCUGAAAUCUUGAUAAUUAAUCUGAAAACUUCCAUAAAACAUAAUUGUUUUGAAGUAGAACUGAUUUUUUUUACAGUAUCUUGGAUUACUUCAUUGAGAUACAUGAAGCAUUUGGACUUAUGUAGAAACUCAAGAAAAUAUAAAAGUCAGGCCCACUGGUGUAAAUUGCUGCGUGUCACUUUGAUUCAUUUCAGCUCUGAUUACUUCCGUAAGAGAAUUUUUCUCUGGAUUCCAACACCAAGCACCCAGUCUUUAGACCCUGUAAAUGUGUUUAAAAGGCCAGCUCAGCAAAUGCUACUUUUUAAACAAUAAGCAGAAACUUAAUACAUGAAAAUGCUUCCUGUUUCUCUAAAUGACCUUAAGGGAACAAAUGAAAGUAUAAAACUGAGAAUAUCAGACAUUUCUUAAAACUGCCUUUUUGGGUAAUAGAGACAAAUUCUGUCCAGAAGCAUAGAAAAAUUCACAGCAGAUUUGCAAUUUAUUGCACAAACCUAAUUUUGGCCUGGUCAAAUCUAACUUAUUUUCCUUGUUGUGUUAGUCAAAAAAUGCUGCAUUUGUAUUUUUAAGAUUCAUGCCUCAUCAUUGGCAAGGUUAUUUUGGAAUGCCCUGGCCUUCAAGGAAGCAGUUCUCCCUGUAUUGAUCUUUAUCUGUGCACACAGAUUUGCCUCUCUCUGUGGGGGCAGUAUUAUUGCUCAGCACAUGCCUCCUGCUCUGCCAGGUAAGAGAAGAAGCAAAGAGUUUGCUCUAGAGGGAUCUUUCUUCAUGCAUUUCACAACUGCAGCUGCUGCUGCUUGUAGCUGCAGCCAUUCUUUAUUGUUUCUUGUUCCUUUACACAUACAGACUAAACUGAGACUCUGAUUUCACCAUUCUGACAGUGGUAAAGGUGUCUUGCUAAGUCUGGACACAUUUAUGUCUUUUUCUGCAAAGCUAAGGCAAGACUGUAAUUAAGUUUACUGCUGGAUUCACAUGUUUGAAAAUUAGUAAAGCCAAAGGGCUUUCUGAGGAAAAAAUUGUUCUGCUUGCAAACUCCAAUGAAGCCAGCUGGUGCCAUGUGCCCUUCCUCUCCUUAAUGAUGAAUGUGACACUGCUCAUCUGGCAUAGAACAUCCUUUUGUCUGCAUAAGCUUUACACUGUGGUUGUAAGCUAUAAAUUUCAGCAGCAUGGACAAAACCUGGGCAAAUCCACAGAAUGGUAUUUUGCUGUUUCAUGGGACCAGGUAAUUGCACGUGCUUUUUGAAAUAUGGUAAAUGAACUAAUGGGAGAUCAGCUCACAGUGACACAAAGCAUUUACAUCUGGAAUCAGGCCUGGCAACACAGAUAUCAUCAUCGUGCUGAACCAGCAACCACAGAAGGCAAGACAAUGAAAGUAACACAAAGCAAGAACUUUUCAGGCAAUGAAAAAAGCUGUAUCUCAAAAUCCUGUAUGUCAUCUACAGAAUGAUCAGUUAGGGCAAACUGUAUCUACACAAGAGAAACUAUUUUCAGCUGGGGACCCAGAGAGCAAGUGCUAGUUAUACUGGAUAGUCUACAGAGCAAAAUCUAUUUAUACAGUGAAAAAAACAAAACAAAACAAAACACACACCCCCCCCCUGCCAUCCCCCAAAAUAAAAGCAAAAACAACCAAAAAAUCCCCCAAAAAACAGAUCAAACAAAAAAGAACUAACAAACAAACAUACAAAAAACACAACAAAAACCCAAAAAAACAACUCUCAAUCAAUUAGGAAACAAUGUUUCAUCUGGGCAAUAGUUACUUAAAAUUUACUGUGUCUAUUGCAUGACAUAAAAAUGAAGCUAAUUCUUAACAUACUUUGUAUGUAAGGAGGAAUGUAGUUAAUAUUUCUGAUGUGUUAGAAACACAACUGCAGGAUUGUCAUUGAGCCAGUAAGCAUGGUUCACCUAAAUCCAAUUACUUGCCACAUUUUAGGGGAUGCAUUGAGUUUGAAUGGCCUGGUUUUUGGUAGCAGGUGGGCCACAGAGGUGGCUUCUGUGAGAAGCUGCCAGAAGCUUCCACCAUGUCUGGCAGAGCUAAUCCCUGGUGGCUCCAAAGAUGGACAUGCUGCUGGCCAAGCCUGAGCCAAUGCAAGCCUGAGCCAAUCAGAAAUGGUGGUAACACCUCUGUGACAACAGAUUUAAGAAGAAAUCAAAACAAAAAUUACUGUGCAGUUGUAAUUGUGGCCAGAGAAGAGCAGAGUGAGACCAUGUGAGAAGAACAACCCUGUGGACCCCGAGGUCAGUGAAGGAGGAGGGGCAGGAGAUGUUCCAAAUGCCAAGAUUCCCCUGCAGCCCGUGGUGAGACAGCCCUGCUCCUGCAGCCCGUGGAGAUCCAUGGGGAAUGCAGAGAUCCACCUGCAGCCAUGGAGGAGCCCGUGCUGGAGCAGGUGGAUGCCUGGAGGAGGCUGUGACCCCAUGGGAGACCCAAGGAGAGAGGGGCCCUGCUCCCAGGCUGGAGCAGCCUGUCCUUGGAGGACUGCACCCCUGGAAGAGAGACCCAUGCUGCAGCAGUCUGGGGAGGACUGCUGCCUGUGGGAUGGACUCACACUGGAGAAGUUCAUGGAGAUCUGUCUCCAUGGGAGGGGAGCCCACAGUGCAGCAGGGGGAGGACUCUUCUCCCUGAGCAGUGGGAGAAGCCACAGGUCAUGAACUGACCACAACCCCCAUUCCCUGUCUCCCUGUGAGAGGUAGAGCUGGGAAGGAGGGAGGGGUGAGGGGAAGGUGUUUUUAAGGGUUUAUUUUACUUCUCAUUGUCCAGUUCUAGUUUUGUUUAGUAAUAAAUAUAAUUAAUAUAUCU